UAAUAUUGCCAGAGUCAGAAAGCGAUAAUGAGCACCAAUACUCUACCUAUUACAUGGGCUUUUGGUGAAAAAAACAUGCUGCGAAUAGUGUGUCAAUCGCGAUAUUUCUUCCAAGUUCAACUUUGAAUGAACCUUGAGCUAAAAUAUGUAGCAACUCAAUCCCAACACUCUCUGUUGGUGAAUUACUUAACACGUGAUACAAAAGCACCACAGAUAAGGACAAAAGUAAUUCCUCAGAUAGCAAACCAUUAGGUCAUCUGUCAACAGAGUAUCCCUUUUGUUAAGCUAAUCAGGAGCCCUUCGAGCACACUUCAAAAUUUCUAACCUGCUUUUACUAUCACUCGACGAUCUAAAGUAACAUAAAAGUUGUUUUUUUCUUCUUAAUGGUUUCGUUAAAGUGUGCCCGUUCGAUGAGUACGUAUUCGAAGUACCUGUGGGAUUGUUUUGUCGAAAGUCAACUUUACGAACAAAUUUUCAAAUCGCGUUCAGUUCAACUCUGUCAAGUUUUUUAAUGGUGAAAUUUUGUGUUGGUUGAGAAUAAUUAGAUCUAUCCUACGCAUGGUAUGGGGAAAAAGUGAUGAUUGAAUGUACAUAUCUGAUCAUCAUUGAAUGUGAAAUGGAAAAAAUAUACAACAACGAACGACAAAUUUCAGUAAAUCUUCUGGAAAAUCAAAGUGACCCAUCAAAAAAAAUCUUUACGAUACCAGAAGCGCCUCCACUAUGGUUAUCGAGACGAAUGCUCGUGGUGAUGGUAUUAUUUUCGUGUUUGGUUGUCUCCCAAAUCUUACGCAACCACAUGAACAUCACAGUCGUCGAAAUGACAUCGAAUAAAACGAUCGUAGAAGGGAAUACCACUAUUAUACAACCUGCGGACUAUGAUUGGGAUUCUACGAAAGUCGCAUUGGUCAUCAGCAUGUUCGCAUACGGCGGUCUAUUUUCAUUUUUCGGCGGAUUCAUCGUCGACAGAUUCGGAGGAUCGGUUACUUGCGCGAUUUGCAUGAUCAUUUCUGGUAUCGCAACUUUGCUGCAUCCAAUAGCGCUGCAACUAAGCUUCGAUGCAUUUUUGGCGUGCAGAUUCGUAACGGGAUUAUCGCAGACAUUCUUUUACAUCAGCGUAAUUGAAAUGUACUCGCGAUGGUUCCCCAAGAAAGAAAGGUCGAGGCUGGUAUCGUUCAGUUUCAAUGGAUCAAACGCCGGAGUAGCUCUUGCGUAUCCUGUCAGCGGAUGUUUAGGCUAUAGAUUCGGUUGGAGAGUGGUGUUUUAUGUUAUUGGUGUAUUGCCGUUAAUAAUGUCGGUAAUAGUUCUAACCGUUGUGAGAAAUCUGCCUUCUCAAGACAGACGGAUUUCCAGAGUGGAACUAGAAUACAUACUCAAAGAAACUAGUAUUAGAGAAAAAACAAAAGUCAACAACCCUUAUAAAGAUAUUUUCACAUCGGGGCCAUUCUGGUCUUUAUGUUGUGCAAUGUUCACUUACAUGUGGAUAGCAACCAAUUUGGGAGUAACUUUGCCUUUAUAUGUCAAUGAUCUGACGCAGAAGAAUAGCGAAGAAGUAGGUUGGAUAUCUUCGAUUCCUAGCGUUGUCUACACUCUUAUGUUUCCAUUUGCCGGGAUUUUAAUGGAUUAUUACAGUAACAAAGGGGUUAUUACGUUAACUCGAAUGCAUAAAAUAAUGAUAAGUAUAGCUUUCCUUUCAGCUAAUAUUUUUUUUAUAACGAGCACUUUUAUACCUGAUUUAUCAAUAACGUUGGGAUUUUUCGUAUUGAUCGAUAUGCUGAUGUCUUCAGUACCCCUAAUAAUCGAAAUUAAUACGGUUAGCCUAUCUCCCGAUCAUGCCGGUAUUGUUGGUAGCCUAGUGACAUUUUCUUUCUCAGUAAGCGCUAUUGCUGCUUCAACCGUCACUGGGUUCUUGAUCUCAAAUCACACAAUAACCGAAUGGAACCGAUGCUUUUAUCUGGCAUCUGUAAUCGCAAUACUCGGAGCAAUAAUAUUUGUAACAUUUGGUUCCAGUGAAUCUCAGGUUUGGUCACCGUCAAAAAAAAACAAUGAAAACAACAAUAUGUCUGAUAUGGAUUCAAAAUAAAUAUUCAUUUGCAAGAA